GAUCCGUAUUCGAAGGGUAACUAAAGGAUCAAACCGCGCCUUUAUUACAGGGUAAAGAAAACGAGACACGAUAGGCAAUCAUGCCGCAAGACAAGCGCCUCAUCGUAACCAAGGCUGUCCUAUACAAACUACGCCGCCUUUGCAAUGACAACAGUGACGAAGCCGCGCAGGUCGGUAUCUUUAUUGAGUUCCUGCUCCCCUCUGUAGUGGCGUCGCAGUGUCCAGAACUGCAAGGCACUCAUCCCUUCAGUCUAGCCCAUCGAGUAUACCCUAAAAAUGGUCGCAGCACUUGUCUUAUCGUGCCCAAGGCCAUCUCUGCGGACUGCUUUAAGAUUAACAAAAGACAUGGAUACUACGACGCAGUGGUCACAGCCGAGUCUAUCUGCCGACCUGGUGAUAUGGAAUCGAUGCAACGUGCGAGCCGCGUCGCAAACACGUUUUCGAGCUUUACCGUAGAUUCCCGAAUCGUGACCAAGCUGCCGGUGUGUAUUAAACGCAAAGUCAAGAUGGAUGCACUAUCCACUGCUUCAUCCGACGCCUCUGCCGCGGGGAGGGCGCCUCAGCCCUCAAAAUACCCUGAGGCUUUCCUGACCACUUUGGACGGGCUUGAUGAGAAAGAAAGUCUCACGUUUCGUCUGUCUCAGGCGGCAAAUAGUGCCAGGGUUCACUACACAAAGCAAGGGCACCUCUUGUUUCGCGUCGGACAUGGUGAUAUGACAGCGGGCGAGAUCUGCGAAAAUGCGAAACAGUUUAUCUUCACUCUCAAGAAGGACUACCCUACCAUUUGGCGGUACAUUCACGAAUUUAAACUGACCUCAAACAAAACAGAUAGUAUUAGAUUUAUGGAAGUGCAUUUACCACGCUGAAAUAAAAAUGACACUCGCAUGUUGCACGGUUUUUGUGUGCGUGGACUAGCCUCGGAAAGUUUCGCUCAUAUUGCCUUUGCGGACGGAUUAACAGUGAGUCGAUUAACAUAAACGUAUAUCACUUGCGGCUUGUAAAAAGUUAGGGUGAUAUUAUAAUAAUAUAUGAAUGAGCUAAGCGCAUGUAUUG